GCAAUCCUUGUCUCCGACCACCACUGCGAACAAUGUCGAGCGGACAAGCUAAAUGCACCGCACUACCGCCACUACCACAAGUCUUCCUUCCUCUUCGCGAUGUACCAGGCGACCGAUGGUACCAACUCCAGACCGGUUGUAACUGAACAACCCCGUCCAACAACGCUAUUGCACUAUCCUGACACCAAAACCAAAGUCAUUCGAACGCUCGCUCUCCCACUCCGGACGCCCGUCUGUGUUUGCGACUGCCUCGGCCAUUCUCUUGCCAUCACCGUCGGCAGCCUCUUCAGCACCCGCAACGACCUCGACUCGCUCGUUGGCCAAGAGAUGCGGAGUGCCGCCUGCUGUACCCAUACUGUCGCGCCGUGUUGUCCACGAGUUUGUCGUUUCGGCGGUGGCCUGCUUCCCAUGCUGGUUAUCGUUGUUCGUCUACGUGCGAACCAGGUAAAUAGAAGUUGUAACUCGUUGCUUGAAUUCCACGAGAAACAUCAGUCUAUAUAA